AUGGCUUCUAGGAAGAAGGUUCUCUUGAAGGUCAUUAUCCUCGGCGACAGCGGUGUUGGGAAGACCAGCUUGAUGAACCAAUAUGUCAACAAGAAGUUCAGCGCCAGUUACAAAGCUACGAUCGGUGCCGAUUUCUUGACUCGAGAGGUCCUGGUUGAUGAUCGGCAAGUCACGAUGCAGCUCUGGGAUACGGCCGGACAGGAGCGCUUCCAAUCUUUGGGCGUUGCAUUCUACAGAGGAGCCGACUGCUGCGUGCUGGUAUUCGACGUCAACAACUCCAAGAGCUUCGAUGCGCUGGAAAGCUGGAGAGACGAAUUCUUAAUUCAGGCUUCACCACGGGACCCUGAAAACUUCCCCUUUGUCGUUCUCGGCAACAAGAUUGAUGUGGAGGAGAGCAAGCGAGUCAUCUCAAGUAAGAGAGCGGCUACCUUCUGCCACUCGAAAGGCGACAUCCCGUACUUUGAGACUAGUGCCAAGGAAGCCAUCAACGUCGAGCAAGCCUUUGAAGUCAUCGCGCGGAAUGCGCUCGCGCAAGAGGAAUCUGAGGAGUUCAGCGGAGAUUUCCAGGACCCUAUCAAUAUUCACAUCGAGAGCGAUCGUGAUGGAUGUGCUUGCUAA